UUUGGAUAGACCAAACAUUCCAAAAACUGAAAAAUGUAAAAGUUCAUGCUAGUUCUAAUACGAUGGAUGAGCACACAUAUUUCUAAAUAAAUGACAAAGUGACACUAAUGAAACGAAGAGUGUAGAAUAGAAUCAUAGCUACUUAACUCUGAAUUCACAUUUUGUACUUAGUUCAAAAUCAAAAAAGAAACUUUAGUAAGUAGCAUUAUAAUCAAACUGAACCAGAGGAGACACUUAUAUCCCAAGAUAUAUACUAACUAAUAGAGAAGUGACAAUGAGGUUCAAGACAACUCUACAGAAGGAACCAAAGCAUACAGAACUUGUGUCAUGUGUUGGUUGGAUUACACCAGAUGAGCUGUUCUCUGGCAGUGAUGAUCAUGCCAUCAUUAGAUGGAAUCUAUUGGGUGCCAGUGAUACAAAGCAAGUAUGUAAACUUAGCGAGGAUGUCUUUCCCGUUGACAUGCAUUGGUUCCCCAAGUCUCCAGGUGGAGGAAAGAACAAAGGUUCAGAAGUAUUCAUAUUGGCUUGCACUGAUGGGAAGUAUUUACUAAUCUCACGCAGUGGACGUAUAGAAAAACAUGUUGAAGCUCAUCGUGGAGCAGUUUUGUCCACUAGGUGGAGCUAUGAUGGCACAGCACUCGCUACUGCUGGUGAAGAUGGGCAAGUUAAAGUGUGGUCCAGGAGUGGAAUGCUGAGGUCUACUCUGAGUCAGAACAGUUCUCCUGUAUAUGCCAUAACUUGGAACCCAGAUUCUGACCAUUUAUUAUACACCAAUGGAAAGCAGUUGGUAAUCAAGUCCUUGCAAGCAAAUGCCAAACCCCUCACAUGGAAAGGUCAUGAAGGAGUAAUAUUGAAGGUGGAUUGGAACCCAGUGAACAAUCUGAUAUUGUCUGGGGCGGAGGAUUGCAAAUAUAAGGUUUGGGACAGUUAUGGUAGGCUAAUGUACAGUAGUAGUGCACAUGACUACCCUAUUACAUCUGUAUCGUGGACCCCUGAUGGUGAACUCUUUGCUGUUGGCUCUUACAACACACUCAGGCUCUGUGAUAAAUCAGGUUGGUCUCAUGCACUUGAAAAACCAAACUGUGGUAGCAUCUUCAACUUUGCCUGGUCCAGUGAUGGUACACAGGUAGCAGGUGCCUGUGGCAAUGGACAAGUUAUAUUUGCACACAUCAUUGAAAGGAGACUGGAGUGGAAGAACUUUGAGGUGACAGUGAAUGAGAGCAAGCAGAUACAGGUUCGGAAUGUUCUCAAUGAUGCCAGGGAAAAGUUAGAUUUUCGUGACAGGAUCAUCAAAGUUUCCCUUGCAUUUGACCACCUUGUAGUUGCAACGUCAUCGCAGUGCUAUGUCUAUAGUACUCGGAACUGGAAUACUCCUAUGAUAUUUGAUCUGAAGGAAGGAAGCGUUACUCUGAUAACUCAGGCUGAGAAGCAUUUCCUCUUGGUGGAUAGUGCUGGGGUAUAUGUGUAUUCUUAUGAAGGACGUCUUGUUUGCACUCCAAAGUUCCAGGGAAUGAGAACAGAGAUCUUGAAUACCCUGACUGUCACCAUCAGCAAUGACACUAUAGCCAUAAGAGAUAAGACUGAUGAAAAAGUUAUCCACCUGUUUGACGCCACCACUGGGAAGUCUAUGGGGGAUGGAAAGCCACUGAGUCACAAACUAGAAGUUAUGGAGGUGGAACUUGACCAAUGUGGCCCAGCUAAUGAGAGACGCUUAGCAAUUGUGGACAGAAAUAGAGACCUCUAUCUGGUAUCUGUUCGGGUGUUUGGAACACAAAGAAAGAUUGUCAAAUUAGGCACUAUGAUACAUUCUGUGGCAUGGAAUGACCAGACAAACAUGCUAGCUGCAAUGGCUGAUGGCAAGUUCAUUGUAUGGUACUACCCCAAUGCUGCCCUCGUGGACAAAGAUCUCAUCACUAAGACUGUCUUUGAAAAAGAUGCAAGUGAGUUUGGAAAGAAUCCAUAUCUGUCCAACUUUCUUGGUAACCAUGUAGCAAUAAGACGUGCGGAAGGUUCAAUUGUAAGCACAGGGGUGUCGCCAUACCCAGCCAUUCUUCACGGUUACAUCACUGGAGGACGAUGGGAAGAUGCUGUCCGAUUGUGUCGAUUUGUAAAGGAUGAGUGCCUCUGGUCUUGUCUUGCUGCCAUGGCUGCAUACAAUAAAGAACUCUCCACAGCUGAGAUUGCAUAUGCUGCCAUAAAUCAAGCAGACAAAGUGCAGUAUAUACUACACAUUAAAGACAUUCCUAGUAAAGAAGCCAGAAAUGCUGAAAUGGCACUACUCUGCGGAAAUACACAGGAUGCCGAGGGGAUCUUACUUCAGGGGGGCCUUAUCUUCCGUGGCAUAAUGAUGAAUAUCCAGCUAUAUAACUGGGACAGAGCCCUGGAGUUGGCAGUGAAACACAAGACGCAUGUUGACACAGUGCUUGCAUACAGAAAGAGAUAUCUGGGACAGUUUGACCGUAAGGAGAAAAACAAACGAUUUCUUCAGUACUCAGAAGGGGUUGAGAUAGACUGGGAAAAAAUAGAGACAAAAAUUGAGAUGGAAUACCAGAAAGAACGAGAGAAACCAAGUGGAGGAAAACGAUGAGACAAUUAUUUUUUUUUAAAGUGAGGCUAAAGUGAUAUUCUGCGUAUGUGGCUUUCAACCAGAUCUGAGUUAAAUGGAGUAAAACAUGUCAUGGGUUGUAUAUGAACUGCCUGUGCUUUGUCAACAAU